GGGGGAAAUAAAUAACAUUAAAAGCAAAUUAAUUUAUAAAUGCAUUAGCAUCCAUAAGGUGCAGCUAUGAUAAUAUAUAAAAUGUGUUAAUCUGUCCAUGCUUACACCUUGCAUUCGUGCUUUUCGCGCUUAAAUGACACCACAUAAUAACGUUUACCCUUUGGUAAAUCCUUUAUAACAGAAAAGGGAAUGCAACGAUGUGUUUCAGGACCAAGGUCGAAUAGUCUGCAAACACGUUAUGUCCAUAUUUAUUUCGACGAGCCUAGAUUUAACAUGGCGUGUUUGAUUUGCAACAUCGACAAGUUGUCGAAUGAAUUUCCACCUAAAAAUGUUACGACAAAUUGUGUGCAUCCGGUUCUGUGCUGCCUGCGGUUAUAUUCAGUGCACAAUGAAGUCAGUAAAAGACAGAUCAAAAUGUCCCCAUCCAGGCUGCGACCAAUCCGCAAAUCUAACCGAUCACACGCUGCAGUUUUUCGAGGCGAUUUUGAACGACAUGUUUAAAGAAUACACAGUUGCAGAUGACUACGCCCCUUCCACAACAGCCGCUAGUGACGGUUCAUCGUUUACAGUGUCGCUACUUAAUGGCGAGAGUGCGAGGUUUCCUUUCAAUCCGAAAAUGGAAGUCGAAGGACUGAAGUCGUUGGUUCAAAAACAAAUGAAGCAUGACGUGAACAAACAGAAGCUGCUCUUUAGGGAAAAAGAACUUGCGGUCUAUUUGGAAAAUGGCGACAGGGCAAGACUCUGUGACUUCCAUGUACAACCAAACUCUAAUAUUAUGCUCAUGGUUCUUUUAUUUGCAAUCCCAGAGAAAAUCAACGAUGUGGUAUUUGAUCUGUAUUGGGGAUAUCCCUCAACUGGUAUGGAUUACCUAGAUGCCUCGUGUUUAUUGUUCAACGGCAAGCAAUGUGACAUGUUAUGCGACUAUGCGCGCAGGCAGCCCUGCCCCGCGAUACGUCAUUCUGGUGAUGUAAUGAAACCUACCCAGGGACAUCACACGAUGAAUGUUUCCCUCAAGGACUUGCCAUCGUCAAUAACGCAUCUUUUUUUUACUUUGAGCGCGUGGCGUUCGGCGAACAUUUCUAGAUAUCCGAACCCUAGUUUGAAGUUUUACGAGGCCGCCAACCCGAAUAAGGACCUGUGCAAGACCACAUUUGGGCACGCUGGGGCAUACCAGGCCGUGGUCAUGUGCUCGCUGUCACGUGGCAAGCACGGUCGAUGGGAGAUCUUCGAGUCUGGAAAAUGUUCAGCCGGAAACGCCAGGAAUUAUGAACCUCUGAAAGAAACUAUUCAAUCAUUGAUAGCGCAAGGGUUUUAAUACAGUGUACAAGUGUAUCGCAUUUUAUUUUCAAAAAUCGUUGAAUUGACUGUUUGUAUGUGCUCUAUAUGUAUAAAAAAUGGAUAAUAGUGUUUGAUAAUAGUAUACUAUUUACAAGAUUGUUCGGUAAAUUGUGUGUAGUAUAAUUGUUACUAUAUUGUGCAUGAUUGUGCAUGAUUUAAGAUAAGAGAUAUUUGAAUCCAGAAAAAGGUCAGGUAGCAACGCUUUGAAUCAUAAACCGCUUCAAGAAACAAUCCAGUCAUUAAUCUUGGAAUUCUUAUCAUAUUUAUAUAAUUUCCUUGCUUUUGUUCUUGUUGUUGCUGAUGUUUGGACUUUUUAUCACUAUUUCUUUUGUUUUCAAUUAAAAACUACACGAUUUCAAUAA